CCCGGCUCUCCCCAGUUUAACUGCGGUUACAGUCAGAACUCCGCCCCUUCUCCUCCGCCCCCAACACCCCCUCACACCGCCCCUCCGGACGCCACGCACCCUGAGCGGACGCUCUACCUGUUUCCCAGUGCUUAUCCUUCCCUCUAAGGGAACCUAAGAGACCAGGUGAUGGCAGCUCUGCUCCCAUUGAUGGCCAGGUCCCAGGAGUUGGUGACUUUCGAGGAUGUGGCCUUAUAUUUCACGAGGAAGGAAUGGAUACAUCUGGCAAUCCACCAGAGGGACCUGUAUAGGGAGGUGAUGCUGGAGAAUUAUGGGAACAUGGUUUUGCUAGGAUUUCCAGCCUCUAAGCCUGAUGUGAUCUCCCAGCUGGAGCGAGGGGAAGAGCCAUGGGUGUUGGAUCUGCAGGAAGCUAAGGAAAAAGAUGAAUCCCAGAGAGGUUCCUGCACAGAUUCAGAAAGAACUGAGAAUGAGCAGUUAUAUGAAAGAAGGGAUAAUUUCAAAGUAGAGCCAAAUGGAGAAGCAUGGGAAAUAAUCCUGAAGGAUUUCCCCCUGGAACAUGAAUUUAGAGAAUAUUUUGAACCUGAGAGAAGCUUAAACAUUUAUCAGAGAAAUUCUACAGCAGUGAUUUUGAAGAAAUCCUCUUCCCUCGAAAAAUAUUUUAAUAAAGCCAUGAUGACUCACAAGAAAACUACUAUAGAGAACAUCACCAAAAAAUGUAAUGAACUUGGGACAGAAUCAAUACUCAUUGCACAUCAUAAAGGAAUAACAAAAGAAAAAGUCCAUGAAUGUGAUAAUUGUGGAAAAAACUUUGAGCAGAAUUCAGACCUUGAUCUACACCAGAGAAUUCAUACUGGAGAGAAGUCACACAAAUGUAAUGAAUGUGGGAAAAUUUUUAGUCGAAACUCAAACUUGAGAGAACAUAAAAAAAUUCAUACUGGAGAAAAACCAUAUAAAUGUAACAAAUGUUCAAAAGCUUUCAUUUGUAGCUCCCGGCUUAUUCAACAUCAGUUAAUUCACACUGGAGAAAAACCUUAUAGAUGUGAUGAAUGUGGUAAAGCUUUCAGUUUGAACUCACAACUUAAUAGACAUCAGAAAACUCAUACUGGAGAUAAACCAUUUGAAUGUAAUGAAUGUCAGAAAACAUUUAGUCAGAGAUCACACCUUAUUCAACAUCAAAGAAUUCAUACUGGAGAAAAACCUUAUGAAUGUGAAAAAUGUGGAAAAGCCUUUGGUCAGAAUUCUCAGCUUGUAUUACAUCAGAGAAUUCAUACAGGAGAGAGACCUCAUGCAUGUAAUGAAUGUGGAAAAACUUUCAAUCAAAGAUCACUGCUUAUUAGACAUCAAAGAAUUCACACUGGAGAGAGACCUUACAAAUGUAAUGAAUGUGGAGAAACUUUUAUUCAGAACUCACAUCUUAUUCUACAUCAGAGAAUUCACACUGGAGAAAGACCCUACAAAUGUAAGGAAUGUGGGAAAUCAUUCAGUCAAAGUUCAACUCUUGAUCAGCAUCAGAUAGUUCAUACUGGAGUAAAACCAUAUAAAUGUAAUGAGUGCGGCAAAGCCUUCAGUUGGAGUUCACGCCUUAUUCAACAUCAGCUAAUACACACUGGAGAGAAACCAUAUAAAUGUAAUAAAUGUUCAAAAGCUUUCAGUUGCAGCUCAGGCCUUAUCCUACAUCAGAGAACGCAUACUGGAGAGAAACCCUAUAAAUGUAACGAGUGUGGUAAAGGCUUCAUUCAGAGUUCACAACUUAUUCAGCAUCAAAGAAUUCAUACUGGAGAAAAACCCUAUGGAUGUGAUGAUUGUGGCAAAGCCUUUGGUCAGAGCUCACAGCUUAUUCAACAUCAAAGAAUUCAUACUGGAGAAAAACCUUAUGGAUGUGAUGAAUGUGGGAAGGCCUUUAGUCAAAGCUCACAACUUACUCUACAUCAGAGAAUUCAUACUGGAGAAAAACCUCAUAAAUGUAGUGAGUGUGGAAAAGCUUUUUGUCAGAGCUCACAACUUAGACUACACCAGAGAAUACAUACUGGAGAGAAACCCCACAAGUGUACUGAAUGUGGGAAAGCCUUCACUCAAAGCUCACUUCUUAUUAGGCACCAGAGGGUUCACACUGGUGAGAAACCUUAUGAAUGCCAUGAAUGUGGGAAAGCUUUCAGUCAGAGUUCAACUCUUGUUCAACAUCAGAUCAUUCAUACUGGAGUGAAGCUUUUCAAAUGUAAUCAAUGUGGGAAAGCUUUUAGUAGGAGUUCUUACCUCAUUCUACAUCAGAGAACUCACACCGACGAUAAAUCAAACCAAAGUAAUUAAUAUGAAAACCUUCUGAU